AAAUGAUGGGUGAUAGUCAUUCUUCAUUCACAACAACGACAGAUGAACAUCUAUAUAAUCAAUUUUCUCCGGGAAGAAGAAAGAACGAUUUUCCCGCUGCAAGCAGUUCAUCAUCUUCACCAAACUUGCGAAGGUCCCCAAACCGCACAGUCAGUUCACCGCGUGUUCAACAGAAGCCAAUCACAAUUUUCGAUCAAAUCGUGGAUUGGUUUCAAGCGGAAAUCAGUGUUAGAAAGAGAUUAGCUGGUGCUGCAUGCGGAUAUCUGUCCACCAUUUUCUUCAUUGUCACAGUAUCCAUUUUGAAACUCACGAUUUGGGCCCCUUUCAGCUCAGUUCAAGACUCCCUGGCGUGGUGGAUUUAUCCAAACGCAUGGGCCUCAAUCAUUUUCGUUGGUAUUGCUUCUGUAGCCAUGUCUCUUUUCAGCAUUAUCAAAUUUUGCAAAGUUGAUCAACUUCCACGAUUGGCAGCUACUGAUACGUUCGCUUUAGCUGGAGUUGCACUCGAAUUUGUUACCCGCCUCACAUUUGUCUACACAGCCUUCUGUGUUGCGGAUUUCUCAUUUUCCAGAGAAUUCGCCUUUGUUGCUAUUUCGCUCGCCAUAGCAAUUUCAUCAGCGCUAGUCGUUUUCCGUUCGGAUUAUCAACUCAAUUUUUCGCAUAUCCAAGUGAAUUCUGUUAAAACUCUCAUCGAUUUUGGAACGUCUCUUCCAUAUGCAAAUAUUUCUGAGAUCUGUGGAAUUGAUGCGGCUAUCUCAUACACCGCAGCCGUAGCUUUGAUUCUUGUUGUUGGACCCAUGGUUUCUGGAUUCUCAGCAUGGUGGCUUCUAUUGAAUAUCCCAUUCCAUGUUGUAUUGUUCGGACUAUGCUUCACGCAACAGUUUUAUUCAAAAAUAUCCAUGAAGAUAGUGAAUCAGAUUGUUAUGAAGCCCAUCAGCUUCCCGUUCCCGCCUCCAUAUACAGUUCACUCACCAACUCCUGAACAGACAAGAACUCUUCCAAAUGUCAUCGAAACUGAUGAUUCACUUCUGAAAUUCUUUGCUCUUCAUGAUCUUCGAACAAUUGCGUGGAAUGAUGAGAAGCGACGGGUGGAUGUUUUCUCUCUAUCGCAACCUGGAAAACAUCCUCGUAACUGGAAAGCUGUUUCCUUGCCUUGUGUAAGAAUGCUUGAUGAACUUUGUUCAAGGAUGACUGUUUCGGCUGCUCGUCUCGUCGGAUAUUCUUGGGAUGAUCACGAUAUUGAAAAUGAAGAUGUCCCACGAGAUGCUCUCCUGAUGCCAAGAAAAAUGCGUGAAAUGGCUUAUCGUGGCACAGGACAAAGCCGUCAACAGAAAAGCAUGGCUCCUAUUCGAUCUCACAACACACAAACUGUUGGACUUCUUAGCAAAAUCUCUAACUUCCUAGGGUUUGGAGUCACUGAAAAACUAGUGAUUUCUCGUUUUGAUGCUCAUAUGAACGCCUACGCCGCUGAGGCUUUAUACAUGCUUGUUGUUGAUUCUAUGGGAGAAGACAGAUUCGGAGUUGUUCAGAAAGACUUGAAAGAUCUCAUCACGCUGCUCUGUAAACUCAUUGCAGCCAUUGACACAUAUGAAAGAGCUAAAGCGUCAGUAGCUGACAAAUCAGAUGUGACAUUCCUGCGUAUCGUUGACGCAUCGCUCAAAUCAAGUCUUCAGAGGGUUGUUACCACAUUCGGAAGCCAUUUGAGUUCACUCAAUCUCCCAGAGGAACACUCACGAACCAUUCGGAUGAUUUGUCUCACAGAUGAAUUGUAAGAAAAUUCAUACAACGUUUCCCAUGUUAUCAUUUUUAUUUUGUGUUAGUUUCUUUGAGUUUCUAAUUCUGCUUUCCUUGUUUUCUACAGUGUCCCACAAUCCCAGUUUUCUUUCCCAUCAUCACAGUUAUCAUUUUUGUGAAUGUUUUUUUGUACCGAUAAACUCUACAUGGUAAAUAAAAUUUGAAUCCAUGCGC